UCUUGCUCCUUCGCCUGCUUGCUGUGUGAGACUGAGUAACUGCUAGAUCCUUGGACUUCCAUUCACAGCUUCGACUGAACAAUUGUUGGGAAUUUGGCUGCCGACUGUACCUUGGAUACAAGGCCAAAUUCCAUGACUACCAUGGCUGACAAAAUGGACAUGUCAUUGGAAGACAUCAUUAAGCUGACCAAGAUCCAGCAAAGACGUCAUGACAGGCCUGAUUCCCGGGUGAAUCGAGGCACUGGGUCUAAGAGGUAUAGGCCAGCUUUCACCCAUGGUGGAAGGAACAGGCUGGCACCAUACUGCAGACCAAAACAACUUCCAGACAAGUGGCAGCAUGACCUGUUCAUUGGAGGCUUCAGGGGUCAAAACCACGUGGAUACUGGUGGGAAGCUCUUCUUGUCAAAUCUGCACUUCGGAGUGUCAGAUGCUGAUAUUCAGCUACUCUUUGCUGAAUUUGGAACGUUGAAGAAAUCUGCUGUGCACUAUGAUCGCUGUGGACGAAGUUUAGGGACAGCACAGGUGCACUUUGAAAGGAAAGCAGAUGCCCUGAAGGCUAUGAGAGAGUACAAUGGCGCCCCUUUGGAUGGCCGCCCUAUGAACAUCCAGCUUGCCACCUCACAGAUUGAUAGACAAGGAAGACCUGCACAAAGCAAAAAUAGGGGCGGCAUGACAAGAAACCCUGGCUCUGGAGUAUUAAGUGGUGGAGGCACCAAGAAAUGGACACUUGGAGGCAGCCAGGGAAGAGGGAGAGGCACCAUCAGGAACUCAAAACUGCAGCAACAGCAGCAGCAGCAGAAGCAGAAGCAGCAGCAGCAGCAGCAGAAGCAGCAGCAGAAGCAGCAGCAGAAGCAGCAGCAGAAGCAGCAGCAGCAGCUAUCUGCAGAGGAGCUGGAUGCCCAGCUGGAUGCUUAUCAGGAAAUGAUGGACACCAGCUGAACAAUUGAGCAAAGCUGCACAAGAACGGAACCCAUGGCCUGGUCUGUGAUGCCUAGACUGAGGGUUGGCUACUGGACCAUGAACACAAUGGUGGAUUCCUCCUUUGCUUCUUUUGCUUUUCUCCUGUUUUAAAACCCCAUGUAAAGUUCUUUCUUUCUCUCCUUCUUUCUUUUAUUUACAUUCAGAAAUACACCUGUUUUGUGCUGAGUUAUUUUGUGGAUAAAUUAUAGUUUUUGCUUUUGUGAAGUUGGCAUUUUCACCUUUGCCCUAAUAAAAUUGUGUGUAGAAAUAAACAAGUAUUCUGGAGUCAUAAAGUAAU